UAUAUAUAUACACGCACACGCAAACAUGGAACCAUAUGAAUCCAGUCUUAGUGGGUUUUCAUUAUUUUCGAGAUCCAUCAUCGGAAACCUGCAAUUUUCGUGGAAAAUCGUUCUGGGAUUUCUCGUUUUCUGAGAAAAAAAACUUCCGACCACUUCCAUCAAAUUUUCAGCAAAAGUUACAACCUUUGAACCCGCGACUUUAAUUAACGUUUUCAAAGUCCUUCCAAAUCUUCAAAACCGUCAUUUGUCAAGUCAUCUGUUCUGUUCGAUUUAAACCGCAACCCUGAUAACCCGGGGCCUCUGCGUUAAAGCUUCAAUCUUCACCGUCCAUCUGGCGAUCAAACUCGGUUUUCUUCAUCUGGGUUCUGCUAUAAAUCCGUCCUCGAGUGUUUGAGUUCUUCACACACACUCACUCACUCACUCACUUUGUUUUUUUUUUUUUUGCGGUCCUCCAGUUUCUUUGUUUUUGCAAAAAUGGCCAGCUUUCUGGGGAUUUUUACAAUGAGGAACUUGCUCGUGCUGUCUCUGGCUCUUAAUCUGAGCUUGGUUCUGAGGGUGGUUUACGAGGGCGGGAAGGAUGGGGGCCCACAUGGGUUCUCUGUGGAGGAGCAGAGAGGGCCGUCAAUGGCGGACAUGGGUUUUGGGAAGGAAGCUCCGGCGACGCAGAGGACGCGUCUGUCAGUGUCUUCAUCUUCUGAUCAAGACGUCAUGGAGAAAGUUAUCAAUCUCGACCAUGGUGACCCAACAAUGUACGAAAAUUACUGGCAGCAGAUGGAUGGAAGAACCACGGUUGUGAUCCCUGGGUGGCAGUCAAUGAGCUAUUUUUCAGAUGUCAAAAACCCUUGCUGGUUUUUGGAGCCAGAGUUUGCCAAACAAGUUGUGAGACUACACAAUGUGGUUGGCAACGCCGCCACUGACGGCCGCCAAAUCGUGGUCGGGACGGGUUCAUCCCAGCUGUUUUUAGCUGCGCUCUAUGCCCUAGCUCCAAAAGAUGGAUCCGAGCCAAUAAGUGUGGUUUCUGCAGCCCCAUACUACUCGUCUUACCCCUCUAUGACAGACUGCUUGAAGUCUGGCUUGUACAAAUGGGCCGGUGAUGCCCGAAGCUUCAACAAAGAGGUGCCUUAUAUAGAGCUAGUGACCUCCCCAAACAACCCUGAUGGAUUCGUCAGGCAUUCCAUGGUCAAUCGAACAGGGGGUAUAUUGGUUCAUGACUUGGCUUACUACUGGCCACAAUAUACCCCGAUUUCUUCUCCCUCGGACCAUGAUCUGACCCUGUUCACAGUCUCCAAAGCUACUGGCCAUGCGGGGACACGCAUUGGGUGGGCUCUUGUUAAAGAUCUGGAAGUUGCAAAAAAGAUGAUCAAAUUCAUAGAGCUCAACACCAUUGGCGUGUCCAGGGAUUCGCAGCUCCGAGCUGCCAAGAUUUUAGAGGUGAUGACCAACACCUCUGAAAACCUUGGCAGCUUUGAUUCCCACGAAUCCUUCUUCAAGAUUAGCUACCACCUCAUGGCAGAGAGGUGGCAGCUACUUAGAGCGGCAGUGAACAGGGGCAGAGCGUUUAGUCUGCCCGACUUUACACCAGGGUUCUGCCACUUCCUCAACCAGGACUCCCAGCCUCAACCUGCUUUUGCAUGGCUAAAAUGUGAGGACGAUCACGUGGAAGAUUGUGAGAGCUUCCUAAGAGGCUACAAGAUAUUAACAAGAGGAGGAAGGCAUUUUGGAGUUGGUCCAAAGUACGUCCGCAUAAGCAUGUUGGAUCGGGACAACAACUUCAACUUAUUUGUUAAGCGACUGUCCACGAUCCAGUCAUGACAGAGCCGAACGCUAUGUUCUUCCUUAUGAUGUUCUAUCUUUCGGCGCAAAGGUGGAUGUGGACCUGUUGCAGAGGAAGGUGAGGGGAGUGUCGCAUAUUGAUGUGGACCUGUUGCAGAGGAAGGUGAGGGGAGUGUCGCAUAUUCGUUCAUAUGUUGAGUAGCAACGGAAAGUAAUACAAUCUGUAUUCAUCUAUUUAAACGAUAUGAUUUUUCAAUGAAAUUAACGAAGAGUCCAAAUUCACCGGUCCUUCGAGAAUGAAGUUUUCGGACAAA